UGAUUCUAUUGUUGAUGAUCAAGGUGAAAUGUGGCAAUUGAUUAACCAGUAAGAGAAGAAAACAAAGCAACAACAUUUCAUUUAUAUUCUAUAACAAUGAAUGAUGCAACAAAUAAUAUCCCCCCCCCCCCCUCCCUCCAUGGCCCAUAGAAAACCCCUCGAUAAAUACCGACCUGUGGUGGCUUCAGGAGCAUCAGAUUAUUGAGUGUGUCCUCCAAAUUUCAAGAAGCAAAAAAAAAAAAACAUACAAAAAAAUUCUUGUUUUAUAAUUCCAAGGUGAAUUUCUAGCUUUGUUUUCAAUUUGCCCAUAGUGUCGACAUGGUGUGCCCAAACAGCAAUCCAGUAGUACAAAAAGUAUGUGAAUUAUAUGAACAAAUCUCGAGAUUGGAGAACCUUAGCCCUUGCAAAGAUGUCAACAUGUUGUUCACAGACCUUGUCCACACGUGCAUGCCUCCUAAUCCUAUUGAUGUCUCUAAGCUCUGCCAAAAAAUUCAAGAAAUCAGGUCUCAUCUCAUCAAGUUAUGUGGUGAGGCUGAAGGACUUUUAGAGUCUCACUUUUCAACAAUUCUUGCCACUUAUGAAAACCCUCUUGACCAUCUUGACAUUUUUCCUUAUUUUGACAAUUACAUCAAACUCAGCCUUCUUGAGUACAACAUCCUUACUAAAAACACUAUAAAAAUCCCAAACAAAAUUGCCUUUGUGGGUUCAGGUCCACUUCCAUUUACCUCUAUUGUUUUGGCUACUAAACAUCUUACUACUACCUACUUCCACAACUAUGACAUUGAUGCUGGGGCUAACACGAUGGCGGCCGCGCUUGUGGCGGCCGAUCCUGACUUGUCCGAAAGGAUGACUUUCCACACGUCGGACAUCAUGGAUGUAACGUGCGCCCUGAAGGACUACGAUGUAGUCUUUCUGGCCGCGUUAGUUGGUAUGGAUAAGGAGGACAAAGUUAAGGUCGUCGAUCACCUCGCUAAGUAUAUGGCACCAGGGGCUACCCUGAUGCUCAGGAGUGCACAUGGUGCACGCGCUUUUUUGUACCCUGUCCUCGAUCCUCGUGAUCUACGAGGAUUCGAGGUGCUUUCGGUGUACCAUCCAACGGAUGAGGUAAUUAAUUCCGUGAUUAUAGCGCGUAAGUUGCCAUUGCCUUGUGUUCAACCACUUGAUGGGUUGGGCACCUAUGUGCUACCUAGCAAAUGUGCUUGUGCUGAGAUUCAUGCCUUCAAUCCACUCAACAAAAUGAACUUGAUUGAGGAAUUUGGACUGGAGGAGUGAGAUUUAUGUCUUGGAAGAACUAUAAUUUGUCUGUGCUGUGCUGUGCUGUGCUGCUAGCAUGUAUGUUUUUAAUUAAUGGUCUGGAGUACUAUCAUUUCUAUUAUAUUUUUCAUAAUUAGUAGUAUACUUUUUUGUACGUGUCCCUAACUUGUUUGAUCAGCUAGCAGAUCAAUCAGUGUGUCCAAUUUGUGUGUCCCUAUUGUCUCAACCUCAAGAAAAAGACAUGACCUUAUGAGGCCUUUGUUAAUCUUUACAAAAUUUAUCUAUAUGAAUACAACCAUGAAAUGUUUGUGCAAA